AGCCCGGAAGCGGAGUCCGGCGCCCCCUGGGCGGCGGAUUCGAGGGUUUGUUUUGUCAGUAGAGUUUUCUGAGGCGCUGCCGGUUGCCCGCCAUGCCGUCCGAGGGUCGCUGCUGGGAAACUCUAAGCGCGCUGCGGAAUUCCAGCAAAGGCCGCCUGCGCUACCACCGCGAGUGGCUGGUGCACUACGAGGAUGUUUUGGAGGAAUGCACAUCUCUUCCCAAACUGUCUUCUUACUCUGGAUGGGUGGUAGAUCACGUCCUACCCAACACCUCACCCCAUGCGCAAGAGAACUCUCCUUCCUCUGAUCAUUCGCCAUCCUCUGGAUCUGGUUCAGGCCUGGACCAACCCUCACUUCUUAAGUCUCCUGUCAGAAGUACCCCAGAAUCCCCCUCACCUUCAACACCAAAUGGAACCAAGAACACCCGAGAGUCCCAGAGCACUGAACCUAUUGCACUUCUGUCCUCCCGAGCGAUCAAAGUGGAAGGCUGCAUCCGAAUGUACGAAUUGGUGCACAGAAUGAGAGGAACAGAGGGCCUGAGGCAGUGGCAGGAGGAGCAGGAGAGGAAGGUACGGGCCCUCUCAGAAAUGGCAUCUGAACAACUGAAGAGGUUUGAUGAGCUGAAGGAACUGAAGCUGCACAAGGAAUUCCAGGAUUUACAAGAGGUGAUGGAGAAGAGUACCAGAGAAGCCCUGGGCCACCAGGAGAAGCUAAAAGCUGAGCAUCGCCACAGAGCCAAGAUUCUCAACCUGAAGCUUCGAGAGGCAGAGCAGCAGCGUGUGAAGCAGGCAGAGCAGGAGCAACUUCGGAAGGAGGAAGGCCAGGUCCGUCUACGCAGCCUGUACACUCUGCAAGAGGAGGUCCUUCAGCUUAACCAGCAGCUGGAUGCCUCCAAUCAGCACAAGGACCUGCUGAAUGUCGACCUGGCUGCCUUCCAGACCCGGGGCAACCAGCUGUGUAGCCUCAUCUCCGGAAUCAUUCGCACUACCUUGGAGAGUGGCUAUCCCACAGCAGAGCACCAAGCUGAGGCCGAGCGAACACUGCAGGAAAUGCGGGACCUCCUCUCAAAUUUGGAGCAGGAGAUCACUAGAGCCUAUGAAGUUAAAAAGAAGCAGGAUGAAGAGGAGGCCCGUAUCAAGCUGCAAGAAUCACAGGUGCAAAAGGGUCCAGGGGCUCCCACUCAGCCCACUGUGCCCAGCCCAGGCCCAGCAGGGACACAGAAUGAAGAAUUGCAGGUAAAGGUACAAGACAGUACCAUGCAGUGGUAUCAGCAGCUUCAGGAUGCUUCUGCCAAAUGUGUGUUGGCCUUUGAGGGCCUGACCAGCAGCAAGGACAGUCAGGCCAAAAAGAUAAAGAUGGACUUGCAGAAAGCAGCCACUAUCCCAGUGAGCCAGAUCUCCACUAUUGCAGGUUCAAAGCUGAAGGAGGUCUUUGAAAAGAUCCAUAGCCUGCUAUCUGGAAAGCCCGUCCAAUCUGGUGGACGUUCUGUGUCUGUCACUCUUAGCCCACAAGGGUUGGACUUUGUCCAGUACAAACUGGCAGAGAAAUUUGUGAAACAAGGUGAGGAGGAAGUGGCCUCUCAUCAUGAAGCAGCAUUCCCCAUUGCAGUGGUGGCAUCUGGUAUCUGGGCGCUCCAUCCUAAAGUGGGGGAACUUAUCCUUGCUCAUCUCCACAAGAAGUGUCCCUACUCCGUUCCUUUCUACCCAGCUUUUAAGGAGGGGAUGGCUUUGGAGGACUAUCAGCGGAUGCUUGGCUACCAAGUGACGGAUUCUAAGGUGGAGCAACAGGACAACUUUCUAAAACGAAUGUCUGGGAUGAUCCGUCUGUAUGCUGCCAUCAUCCAGCUCCAGUGGCCAUAUGGAAACCGGCAAGAGGCUCAUCCUCAUGGCUUAAAUCAUGGCUGGCGCUGGUUGGCACAGAUCUUAAACAUGGAGCCUCUAUCAGAUGUGACAGCCACUCUCCUGUUUGACUUCUUGGAGGUGUGUGGGAAUGCCCUCAUGAAGCAGUACCAGGUCCAGUUCUGGAAGAUGAUUCUUCUCAUCAAAGAGGACUACUUUCCCAGAAUUGAAGCCAUCACAAGCUCAGGACAGAUGGGUUCUUUCAUACGUCUGAAGCAGUUCUUGGAGAAAUGUCUGCAACGCAGGGAGAUUCCUGUCCCCAAAGGCUUUCUGACUUCCUCCUUCUGGCGCUCCUGAUGUUCUCCGUCAUCAGUCAUCACAUCAGUUUGCAGGAGGGGCAACAAUAAAGAACUGAGACAGCACGUAUGGAAGAAGUCAUGUCAGAUUUAGAACUUCAUCAGUGUGUUCUUAUGUAUACAUUUGGACCAUGUGACUAUGAUUUUCAUAGUUUACAGCCUUUUGCCAGUCUCUUGUCAGAUUUGGUAGUUCCUAUAGGUAUCAGGACAGACAAGCUAUGAGAAGAGUCAGAAGAGGCACUUAGCACUGGGAUGCAUCCUUUGUCUCCAGGAUCUUUCCGAAAGUUGGUGAGACUUUGUGUUUUCCUCUGACCUGGAGCAAGUCCACCAUUUUCACUUUCACCCUCGGCCCCAUCACUUCCCAUACACACACUCAAAAGAGUAAAUCUCCUAAGAUUCCCUUUAAAGUAUCAUGUGAUGUUUGAGGCCAAUCUCUUCUAUGCAGUCUGAGUAUGAGGUAAAGCACUUUAUACUUUAUGGCUUGUAAACUACUUGUAUAUUCAGAGGACAUGUGUGGUGUAGGCAUGGACUGAACGCCAGAGUGCGUCAAGGUAUUUGGUAUGUGGAUCAAGACUAGGAACAUGGAACUAUAGAGACACUCUCUGUCUUCUUGAUCUGGAAUUUGGUCCCUGGAUAGCUGGGAAUGCUGUACUAGAUUCAGUACCUUUUUGUUGUUUUUCUGACAAAAACUAAGAUUGACUGAGAUAGGGCUUACAGCAUUAGGUAUAAGCUGAAGUUCAUCAGCAGUGAAUGCAUUGGUCAUUAGGAGGAGCUAUCUCAGGUGGAAGCUGGUAUUUGUUUUAUGAAUAGAUUGACUCUCUUUGUGCACUGCAGAGGCAGAGCCACAGAUCAAAUCUAGUCCAGCAGGCACAGGGCCUUGUGUGGUGUCUAUCUGUUGGUUCUCUUGAAUGGCCUAAGCAUUUCAGUUGUUUACUGCAGUGUCCAAAAAGGUAAUAAAGUUUGAAUUUUUAAAAA